AUGGUGCCUAAGAAGAGAAAGACCAGAAGUAGUUCUGAGAAUGAGUCAGAUUCUGAUGUUGUUGCGGAUGUCAAUGACAUUCAUCCCAAGAAGAAGGUCUCUACUAGCAAGCUGGGUGAUAGUGUUCCUGAAGUACCUAUUGAUAACAUUUCAUUUCACUAUCCCUCCAGUGUACUCGGAUGGAAAUUUUUCUAUCAGAAAAGACUGGCCUUAGAGAGAGAACUUACUCAGAAUGCUCUUGAGUAUGAACAGAUCAUGAAUCUUAUUCAUAGGGCUGGACUAAUGAAGACUGUGACUCAACUCUCUAAGUGUUAUGAAUUCCUGGUGAAGGAGUUCAUUGUGAAUCUACAUGAAGAUUGUGGCAAUAAGGAAACUGAGGAGGAUUUAAAAGUGUUUGUCAGAGGAAAAUGUAUUAACUUCACGCCCACUGUGAUCAACAAAUUUCUGGAAAGGUCAAAUGAAGCUCAGCCAGAGCUGGAAGUGUCUGAUAAUCAAAUGUGCAAAGAGACUACUGCUGGUCAAGUGAAGACAUGGUCUGUCAAAGGGAAGCUGAUUGUGAGCAAACUAAGUGUGAAGUAUGUUGUACUUCACAGCAUUGGAGCUGCCAACUGGGUGCCAACUCAACACAAGUCUACAAUCUCUGCUUUCCUAGGUAAAUUCAUCUUUACUAUUGGUACUAAGUCCAAAGCUGAUUAUGGUACUUAUAUGUAUAAGCAAACCUUAAGGCAUGCUGGUAGUUAUAGUGUCAAAGGUCCCAUUGCCUUACCUUCCCUUAUUUGUGGAAUCAUCUUAAAACAAUUUCCCAAUAUUUUGACUGACAAAAGAGCAAGUCCUUUAAUCUUUCAUCAUAAGUUCUUCCAAGGAACUCAUGUUCAUGAUGUUAAUACAACUUCGGCUGGACCAUCAAAAGAGAGCAUAAUUAUGAGUAAAACUGCCAUGAUUGCUAUGCUCCGAGAUACCUGUAAGGAGCUGGAGUCCAGAAAAUUGGCUCUUGAAAGAUUGAUCAGCUCUCUUGAAACGAGUGAAAAUGCUAAAUCUGCAGAUACUGAUGAGGAGGAACAGGGUGAAGAUGAUGGUGGUUCAGACAGUGAGAUUGAGAAAGAAGCCAGUCCUGAUGAUUACACUGAUAAUAGUGUAGAACUCAACAGCUCUAAGUCUGAAGACAAAAGCAAGUGUGUAUGGUAA